AAUUUUGUAAUUUAAACCUUGAUAACUCCAUACAACAGAUUUCAAUUCAGUUUUAUGUUGUCUAAUGUAAAAAACCGGUACAUUUUAAAAGUUUUUGAUAACUUGAAAUUUUUGGUGUUUGUCAUCAUCUCAAUAAUAAUGAACAGUCAUAGUGAAAAUGGUGAUAUUAAUUGGUACCAUGGAAAAAUAUCCAGAGACACCGCUGAAAUUAUUCUAUUAGACCAUGAAAAUAAAGAAGACGGCCUAUUCUUAGUACGAGAAAGUAAUUCUGCUUCUGGAGACUAUGUGCUUUGCGUGUUACAAAAUAAUGAAGUAGUACAUUACCAAAUACGACGUCACGGUGAAGAUGCAUUUUUUUCUAUAGACGAACAAAAUAUAAUGCAUGGGUUAGAAACAUUAAUUGAACAUUAUUGUAAAGUAAAUGAUCCGAGUUUAGGAGUGCAACUGUCCAAGCCUAUUGUAAAAGAUCCUCCACCCCAUGAUACUAGAAGACAUGGACGUACUAAUCUUUUGCACAGAGCCAUUACACAAGCUAAUUGUAAAGUUGUUACCGAGCUAUUAAAAUGUGGUUAUCGAAAUUUAGAAGCAAAAAAUCAAGAGGGUCAAACUGCAUUGCAUUUAGCUAGUCAGAUGGGUCAUGAUCAAAUCGUAGAGAAACUCAUUUCAUGUGGAGCUAAUGUGAAUUGUAGAGAUACAGAAGGGUACACUCCUUUGCAUUUUGCUUGUCAGAAUAAUUUAUUGAGUACUGUGAAAAUCUUAUUGACGAUUGGAGGAGCAAAUAUUCAAUUAAGAAAUUCGUCAACUGGAUGGGUAGCUCUACACGAAGCAUCAAGCCGAGGCCAUGCAGAUAUUGUGUCUUUGUUAUUGUCCAUGAAUGCACCAUCGAGACCUCGUACUUUUGAUGAUCUCCUACCUGCAGACUUAGCACAUAACAAUGGACAUACCGAAGUUGAACGAAUGUUGAAUGAGUUUGUUUCACCUAUGCCAACUUCAAAGAAAGAUCAAUGGUAUCAUGGCAAGCUUGAUCGAGAUGAAGCCACAGAAAUAUUGAAAACAAAAGAUGUUGAUGGUUGUUUUUUAGUUAGAAUGAAUAGGAAGAGUGGCUACGUCUUAUCUAUGAUGUGUACUAAUCAAUGUUAUCAUUUCCAGAUCCAAGAUCGCGAUAAAUAUUAUUUUAUUGACAAUGGGCCUUACUUAAAUUCGUUAGAACAUCUAAUACAACAUUAUACAUUAUUUCCUGAUGGUUUACCGAACAAGUUAGAAGUGCCUGUAGGUCCAGCAGUUAUUCCACCUCUGCCAAAAGGAUUUCCGUUUACAUUAAAAAAGCCGAAACCAAAACAUCAAACUGAAUUUAAAGACAAUAUUAUGAGAGACAAUUUGAUUUUAGAUGAAGUAAUUGGUGAAGGUGAAUUUGGUUCAGUUUACAAAGGAACUUUUCAAAAUCGAGACGGUUUUGAAGAAAAAGUAGCCAUCAAAAUGUUACGAUACGAUAUGUCUUCAACUAAUAAAUCAGAAUUUUUGCGCGAAGCUCACGUCAUGAUGAGCUUAAACCAUGAGUGUAUUAUAAAAUUGAUUGGUAUAUGUGAAGGGCCACCUUUGUUGAUGGUUCAAGAGCUCAUUGCACUUGGUUCUAUGUUGACUUACAUUAUCACACACCCUGAACUCAUCAGUCCAAAUUAUGAGUUAAAAAUGUGGGCUGCUCAGAUAGCUUCGGGUAUGUGUUACUUAGAACAAAAACGUUUCGUACACAGGGAUUUGGCAGCUAGAAACAUUUUAUUAGCGGAUAGACAUCAAGCUAAAAUUAGUGAUUUUGGUCUAUCACGUACAUUAAAUGUGGAUAAGGAUUAUUAUAGAGCUUCACAUGGUGGACGAUGGCCAAUUAAAUGGUAUGCACCUGAAUCAUGCAACUAUGGGACAUUUUCUAGUGCUAGUGAUGUGUGGAGCUACGGUAUUACAUUGUGGGAAAUGUUUUCUUAUGGACAGCAACCUUAUGAAAACAUGAAAGGUGUUGAAGUUAUUGGUAUUUUGGAAAAAGGAGAGAGGUUACAAAGAACUCAAAGGUGUCCUAUUGAAGUUUAUAAAACAAUGGAGUUGUGUUGGGCAUAUGAUCCCAAGGAACGUCCAACUUUUAGUCAACUGUCUAAAAUAUUUGCAUCCGAUUCUGAUUAUGAAAAUUUCAAAGAUUUUAUAAAACUCUAAUAUUUACAAAUUAGAGAAGAAAAAGUAAUACAAUUAUAUUCCUAUUAGUAGUAGAUAAUAAAAUGAACAUAUAUGUUAUAAGAGACAACUCCUAACUAUAAUUGAUUUUUGUUUUUUAUAUUAUAAUGGAGUUACUAUCUACUAGAAUUUGACUCAAUGAUUAUUGAUAAUUAUCUUAUAUCUUAAUAUAUUUUAUUAUAUUUUAUAGAAUAAGUUAUUGUUAUACAACACAAGUAUUUAUAAAAUGGUCUCGAGAUAUAAUUUUGAUAUAAUUUCUUGGAAGUGUUGUAAUUUAUAAAUUUAAAUCUCUAUAAUGGUAUUUAUCUUUCAAUUUAUUUCAUAAUUUUACAGUUUAUAAUUUGUUAAAUUUUAAAAUUUUUAUAAUCUUUAUUGAUUUUUAUAAUGUUAAAUGUUAAGUGUUUUAUAUACUAUAUUUAACAAAAAAAAAAAAAGUUAAAAUAUAAGUUUUAAAAGAUUUUCAAUCAUCACAAUUUAUUUUUACACAUCAAUUAUUUUUUUUGUAAAAGAUUUAAGGAUAUCAUGCAAGGUCAAUUCAUGGUUUUAAAAUUAUAAUAAUAUAAUGGAAAUCAAGUUUCUAAUGCAUUUAAAUAUCUAAUUAUUAUAAAAUAACUAUUAUUGUCUUAUUUAAAGUUUUAUUUUUUGAAACUAGUACCUAAUAUUAAAUGUCUUCCAUCAAUUUUUUUUUUUUUUUGUGUGUUUAUAAUUUUAGUUUUGAUUUAUAUUGGUAUAUUAUUACACGAAAUGUUGGAAAAGUACUAAGUUGUUUUAACUUAAUUUAAAAAAAAACUAUAUUUAUUUUCUUCGUGUUUAAAUUAAUAGAUUAUUUUAUAUUUUAAUACUACCUAAUCAAACUAUGUAUUAUUUUGAAAAUAUUAUUGAACAGCUAAUUGUCUGAUAGUUUUAAUUUUUUUUUUUUUUAUGUAUGUAAACAUAAGCGAAUUAUAAGUUAUAAUUGAGUGACCUCUCAUCAUACUUUUAAAAAAUUGUUUGCUCAAUCAAAACAGUAAACAAAGAUAAAUUGUUGCCAUAAUAAUUAUUUAGUAUAUAUUUUGUUAUUUAACAGAUAUUUUAGAAUAAUAUUGUAAGACAUUUAAAAUAUUGUAUUAAUGUCAUUUAAAAAGACAGAAACAAUGUAACUUAUAAGUAUUCAUAAACUAUUCAAUAUUUUAUUGUACGAUAGUCUAUACUGUAUACUUAGAUAAUAUAUUACUAUGUUGUUGUUUACUUGAAAAUUAGUAUUCUAAUUUAAUGAAAUUUAAAUUUUUUUGGUUUGUUCAAAACUAAAUUAUUUGUUUAUUUCCUGAAAGUUAAUAGUUAAGAAGUCUUCAAAAUCAAAAUACAGGAGAGCAAUAAAGUGUUUGAUUAUACACUUUAUUGGAUAUAAGUAUUACUAAGGCAAUUACUAUUGCAAUUAUCUACAAUUCACAGACAUAUUAUUUCAACAUUAUAUGUACCUAACAACUGUUUAGUUAUAAUAUAAUAAGUAAAAGUACAUAACAAAUUUUCAAUUUUUUUUUUUAUUUUUUC